GAGGUUUGUUUUGUUGAUGUGUGGAGAGGUGGCUGCAGUCAGUGAUGGUUUUACAACACGCUGUCUCCUGCUGUUUAAAAUAUUUAGGUUAAAACUGAUUUCAGGCAGAAAAAAAACUAAAGAGAAGUACUUUCAGGCAUUAAUGUGUCUUCUUCAUCAAAUCAUAAGCAAAGCUGCAGGAGUUAAAAGAUACUUGACUCAAACAGUCCAGCCUCGCCCACCUGAGGAAUCUGCAGCUUGAAAUACAGGUAUGAUCAGGAAGCACAGAAGAGGGACUCGAUUUAUUCUUUAAACGUUACAUUUAGGAAUCCCUUUUGAAUUGAAGGAGAAAGGAUUAUAUUAUCAAAACAAACAUUCUGAAAUUGCAGAAAAGGAAGAUCGUACUCAAAUAAAUGUGCCACACAACAUUACAGUAUGUUCUAAUCUACAGGCUUUCACGGAACUCGUUGUGAAAGUGAAAGAAGUUUCAGGUUGUGGAGUUUGACAAGAGCCGUUACAGAGAGCAAGGCAGGGUGUGACUCUACAGAAAUGACAGCAAACACUUCUCGUCUGGAAGCAGAGCUUUCCUGCGCUGUGUGCUGUGAGAUUUUCAAGGAUCCUGUAACUCUUCAUUGUAACCACAGCUUCUGUAAAGCAUGUCUGGAUCAGUGCUGGAAAGAGAAGAGAGCUCGGGAGUGUCCGGUGUGCAGGACGAGGGCUUCAAUGGGGCAGCUUCCACCCAAUUUUGCACUCAGGAAUAUUGUGGAGUCCUACUUAAAAGAACACCGUCACAAACCUGCAGCACCUCCUGCAAUACUCUGCAGUCUGCAUGAGGAGAAACUGAAGGUAUUCUGUUUGGAUGAUAAAGAGGCGAUCUGUCUUGUUUGUCAAAUAUCAAAGAAACAUGAAAAUCACAAGUGCCGCCCAGUGGAGGAGGCAGCACAGGAUUAUAAGGGAGAACUCAAGACUGCGCUGAAGCCCUUGCAGGACAAGCUCGAAUCAUUUAAUAAAGUUAAAGAAGAAUGUGAUAAAACAGCAGAGCACAUCAAGAAACAAGCCCAGCAAACAGAGAGGCAGAUAAAGGAGGAGUUUGAGACACUUCACCAGUUUCUACGAGAUGAAGAAAAGGCCAGGAUAGCUGCACUGAGGGGGGAAGAGGAGCAAAAGGGAAGAAUCAUAAAAGAGAAGAUUAGAAAACUUACAAGAGAAAUCUCAUCCCUUUCAGACACAAUCCAAGGGAUAGAACAGGAGCUGGAAGCUGAAGACAUCUUCUUCCUGCAGAAGUACAAAGACACAAAGAGCAGAGCCGAGUGCACACUGCAGGAUCCACAGUGUGUUUCAGGAGCGCUGAUAGAUGUAGCCGAGCACCUGGGCUCUCUGAAGUACAAAGUGUGGGAGAAGAUGCUGGGGAUUGUUCAAUACACUCCAGUGACUCUGGAUCCCAACACAGCACACCCUGCUCUGAUACUGUCUGAGGAUCUAACAAGUGUGAGACUCAGCAAUGAGAGACAGCAGCUUCCUCACAACCCACAGCACUUUGAUCGCUGUGUCAGUGUGCUGGGCUCUGAGGGAUUCACAUCAGGGAAACACUGCUGGGACGUGGAAGUAGGGAACAAACCUGACUGGGAUCUGGGUGUGACAAAAGAGUCCAGCCAGAGGAAAGGGAGCAUCACUCCGAACCCAGGAGCAGGAUACUGGACUAUAGCCCUGAGGGGUGGGGAUCAGUACAAGGCAGGGACCUCACCAGAGACACGACUCACUCUGGAGAAGAAACCCCAGAAGAUCAGAGUUCAGCUGGACUGUGACGGAGGGGAGGUGACAUUCUUUGACGCCAGUGAUAUGAAACCCAUCUACACUUUUAAACACAGAUUUACUGAGAGAAUGUUUCCGUAUUUCUGGUCUGGCUUCCCUAACUCUGCCCCCCUCAGAAUCUGCCCUGUGAAGGCAGUUAUAAAACUGGACUAGCCCAAUGUGUUCAGGAUGAAAAAUAGGGCUGUAUAAUAAUAAUAAUAAGCCUGUGACCCUGCUGGCCGCUGCACACUGAUAGGGGUGUGAGGGGUGGCAGUGACAGGUGAAGAGUUUCUCUGAAGCUCAUUUCCUCCUGGGUUAAAGGGUUCACAAGUAAACCAGUAAGAACAGGGUCAGGUUGUGUGGUUUCCUGAAAGUGCUGGGGGUUGUAUAUGGGGGGGGGGGGGUCUCACUGGUAUAAUAUCAUGUCACUCUGACUGCAGCCAAUAGAAACACAGGAAAUACAUCAUUCUUGCUGACUACUCAACACCACUUGUGUGGAGGAGCUCAGAUUAACAGGACGCUGGCUGCAGUCAACUCUUCAUAAUUAAUGUCAAUUUUCUGAAUCUAAUACAAUUAUGAUACCACAAUGUUUAUGAUAUUUAUUUAAAGAUGUAUCUAAGAUUGGUAAUAACCAUGGGUUUAAAACAUGAUCUAGCCUUUAAUUUUUAUUUUGUAUUUCCAGUGUUUAAUUCCCCUUCGAAUGGGGUGAAGCCCAUUUCUCAUAUAUAUAAUUUUAUUGUGUAAAAGAAGUCAUCUUGUGAAGUUGGGUUCUCUAUCAUUUAUAAAGGAGAGGUUUAGUAAAGUCUGUAAAAAAUGAUUUUCCCUCAGAAAUCAAAUGAAUAAUGAAAUGUAUUGCUUAAUUGCUUUUUAAUGGUAUUAUUAUUUUUGAAAUGUUCAUGUUAAUCUAUGUAGUUCUAUGUCUGUGAUUGUUUCUGUAUUGCUGCUUUCUUGGCCAGGUCUCUCUUGAAAAAGAGAUUUUGAAUCUCAAUGUCACUUCCUAGUUAAAUAAAGGUUUAAAAAAAUGAAUCAAUAAACUUGAGGGUGGUUCCACUGGUUUAAAUUCAAUUCCAGAUGUGGUCAAUGUGCUGCUUUAAAACAUGAAGAAUCCAUUGUGCAUGUUGAAGAAUCUGUAGCAACUGGUAUAGAGCUGCAUUCUGUAUCGUUGAUCCUGGUGAAAUAUCAUUAGGGCUUCUGAUUUUUGGUUUUAACUGAUAAAAACCGAUAAAACACCCCCGAUACAAAAUCGGUGUAUAGCCAAUAAACACCAGAAACCACCAGAAAAAACAGUGGAAAUGGUGACUCAAUUCACGUUGACCACCCCUUUUCCAU